ACGGGCACCUCUCCGUGGCGGAGGGCGCGGCCCGCAGGGAGUGGGGCGUGCCCGAGAGUGCGCGGGGCUUUGGCCGGCUUCACGCGGCGGCUGGCACUGGAAACUUUCACCCUCCCUGAACUGGUGACUGGAGGGCAGUUCGCCUUCCUGGAGGGGCAGGAGGAACCCGGUGUGUCUGGAGCUGAGCUGCGAGGUCCCCCUCACUGAGCAGGGAACUCCCACCAGAAGCCCAGGGUGAGGACAGAGAUGGCGCUGAGCCUGGAGUCUACAACCAGCUUUUCCCUGCUGGCUGUGUCGGGAAGCACUGUGUCUGAGCUGCCUGGCGGACCCAGUGUGUCCCUCAACGGAUCCUGGCCUGGCCCGACAGAUCCCAGCUCCCUGCAAGACCUUGUGGCCAGCGGUGUCCUCGGGGCAGUGCUGUCAGCCAUGGGCGUGGCGGGCAUGGUGGGGAAUGUGUACACUCUGGUGGUGAUGUGCCGAUUCCUGCGCGCCUCGGCCUCCAUGUAUGUCUACGUGGUCAACCUGGCACUGGCUGACCUGCUCUACCUGCUGAGCAUCCCCUUCAUCGUGGCCACCUACGUCACUAAGGACUGGCACUUUGGGGAUGUGGGCUGCCGUGUUCUCUUCAGCCUGGACUUCCUGACCAUGCACGCGAGCAUCUUCACCCUGACUGUGAUGAGCAGUGAGCGCUACGUAGCGGUCCUGAGGCCCCUGCACACGGUACAGCGCUCCACGGCUUACCGAAAGCUGCUGGUCCUGGGCACCUGGCUGCUGGCGCUGCUGCUGACCCUGCCCAUGGUGCUUGCCAUCCGGCUGGUCCGUAGGGGCUCUAAGAGCCUCUGCCUGCCGGCCUGGGGCCCUCAUGCCCACCGUGCUUACCUGACCCUGCUCUUUGGGACCAGCAUUGUGGGGCCUGGCCUGGUCAUUGGGCUGCUCUAUGUCCGCCUGGCCAGGGCCUACUGGCUAUCUCAGCAAGCUUCUUUCAAGCAGACACGGCGGCUGCCCAACCCCAGAGUGCUCUACCUCAUCCUUGGCAUCGUCCUUCUCUUCUGGGCCUGCUUCUUACCCUUUUGGCUGUGGCAGCUGCUGGCCCAGUACCAUGAGGCCAUGCCACUGGCGCCCCAGACCGCACGCAUUGUCAACUACCUGACCACGUGCCUCACGUACGGCAACAGCUGCAUCAACCCCUUCCUUUAUACGCUCCUCACCAAGAACUACCGCGAGUACCUUCACGGCCGCCAUCGCUCGCUGCGCAGUAGCUGCCAUGGCCCAGGGCGUGCUGGCAGCUUCCCGCCCAGCCGAGUCCACCUCCAGCAGCACUCGGGCCGCUCGCCGUCCGCUAGCAGCCGACAGGCCACAGAGACCCUCAUGCUGUCCCCAGUGGCCCCUAGCGGGGCCUUCGUCUGAGAGUGCCCUGUGUGAUCCUGGCGGUAGAAAAGGACCUAAAGCCAGGCCACUCGGGAGCCCAUUCCCAGAAUCCCGCACACAAACCCAACCAGCUUGUCUGUCCUCUUCAGUUCUCUUCUGGAAAGUUCCUUGAUCUUUCUCCUUUGCUGUCCACUUCAACCCUGUCAGCACCUCUCCUCCAUGCCAGCACACUCCUCCUUCAAGCCUAUCGCUGACGGACUCCAGAAGCUGCGCCCCAGACCCUCUUCUGAAGACCCUGGUGGGCUGAAUCCUACAACGCCUACUCACCCAGAGCAGCUGUAAGCCCCACCCUUAGCUGUAGGCGAGAGCCCUCUCCCAUUGGCUGAUCUGUAGAAGUAGGCCCGCCCAUCCCCGAGGACCCUCUGGUUGGUAGGAGGCCUGCAGCCCUCUCUGCCCUUUCCCUCCACAUCCCCACCCCGUGGCAGUUCCUUGCUUCCACGUGCACAUGCAACA